AGAAGAGUCUAAACCAUUUUUUUUUUUACAGUCUAUGGUGUAAACAGAAGGAUAUGGCCGACGAGAGGGGUGCAGGCGACAACAAUAUCAACGACAACAUGGGCAACCAACUACAACUCUUACCCGAAAAUGAAGAGGAAGAGGAGAAUGAGAUGGAGACUGAGGACCGUGACAGUGAGGAUGCAGAAAAACCAAACAUAAACUUUGACCCCAGUCUUCCAACUUCACAUGCUUACCUGGGCUCAGACAUGGAGGAGUUUCAUGGGCGCACGGUGCACGAUGACGACAGCUGCCAGACCAUCCCAGUGCUGCCGUUCACAGCUGUCAUGCUGAUCCCAGGACAGACCCUGCCGCUGCAGCUCUUCAGACCGCAGGAGGUCAGCAUGAUGCGAAGCAUUAUCCAGAGAGACCGCACCUUUGCUGUUCUCGCACACAGUGAAACAGGCGAGGUGCAGGCAGAGUUUGGGACGACGGCUGAGAUCUAUGCUUACCGGGAGGAGCAGGAGUACGGAAUUGAGACAGUCAAAGUGAAGGCAGUCGGACGGCAGCGGUUCAAGGUCCAUGAGAUCAGAACCCAAGCAGAUGGAAUCAGACAGGCCAAGGUGCAGAUCCUCCCCGAGCGGAUCCUUCCAGACCCCCUGACUGCAGUGCAGCUCACGCCCCUGUCCCGCCUCCACAUGCACCCCUCCUCCAGACCCCCAGCCCAGAGCUGCAAACAGGCCCAGCGCUGGUGGGCCACCUACCGCCAGAGGAAGUUCCACUGUGCCAACAUGACCUCAUGGCCUCCCUGGGUCUACGCCCUCUAUGACUCUGAGACUCUGAUGAAGAGAGUGAAGAGACAGCUCCAUGAGUGGGACGAGAACCUCAAGGAUGAUUCCCUCCCCACAAACGCUAUAGAUUUCUCCUAUAGAGUGGCGGCCUGUCUGCCCAUAGAUGAUGCCCUUCGGCUCCAGCUGCUGAAGAUUGGCAGUGCCAUCCAGAGGCUGCGCUGUGAGCUGGACAUCAUGGCCCGGUGCACCUCGCUGUGUUGCAAGCAGUGCCAAGAUACAGAGAUCACCACCAAGAACGAGAUCUUCAGCCUGUCUCUGUACGGCCCCAUGGCAGCCUAUGUCAACCCCCACGGCUACGUCCAUGAGACCCUGACCGUCUACAAAGCCAGCAACCUCAACCUGGUCGGUAGGCCGUCCACGCUCCACAGCUGGUUUCCAGGGUAUGCCUGGACGAUCGCUCAGUGUCGUACCUGUGCUUCACACAUGGGCUGGAAGUUCACAGCCACCAAGAAAGACUUGUCCCCUCCUCGUUUCUGGGGCUUGACCCGCUCGGCCAUGCUGCCCCGCAUCCCCCAGACUGAGGGUGAGGAGGGGGACGAGGGCUCCCGCCUGCUCUGCCUGUGACAACAUGGGGACCUCCCCUCCCCACCCCCCAUGUCCCCAACGGGUCUUCGAUCGCCCCACCCUGUCCACAGGGCAAGGGUCUCUAUUUUAGUAAUCGAUGCGUCCCGCCCAACCCCCUGACAGCCAUGGCAGCACAUUCAUCAUAUUAGUGUAAAGGUCAUCCUGCUUUAAAAUGGCAUUUUCUAACAUAGAGAGAGGGGGGGGCGAGAGAGAGCAAGGAGGUGGGAGGGGUGUUUUGUUCCUGACUGCAGGGACACUGGUGAUGGAAUGCGUUGCACAUCGACAGAUAGAUGUGGGGAAUGGAGCAAGAGAUUAGUUCUGCAACACGGCAUAUCUUCCCCAUAGCAUGCUACUCUUGACCUGUCUGUAUGGCUGUCUACUGUGGUCUGUGUCUGUGCUAUUUGCCACAGACACGGCACGCACCAGUGCAUUGCCACUUGCUCUUAAACAUAGUGGGUGUGACUUUGCAUGCGGUAUCCAGCUAGGUGUAUAUAGGCUUAUAGACAGCCAUCAAGAGGACCUUCAGUCCCCAUAAUCUAUCUCUAAAAAACCAAUCAAUAGAAAACCACUUGUGAUUCAGGUCCACUGUUUGUCCUUGAUGUGUUUCUCAGAGAAGCUCAGUCCAGCUGGAUCGGGUCAUGGAGAGUUAAACCAUGUUAAAUCCACGGUUUAGACUGUGUACGUACAUAUGAAAGUAUACUGCUUUUACAAGGAUGUAUCAUGCCUUUGUUUCAUAUGCCCUUUGAAUGAAUAUGAUGGAGGAAUUCGGAACAUGAACAUUGUAAGGAAGCUAUUGCUUUAUUUUGAAAUGCGUGGAAAUAUAUUAUUUGAUUGGUUAUCAUAUUUUCACAUUGUCUAAAAUGUACAGUAUAUGUAAUACACAUGUAGAGAUAGAGGUUUCUAUUUUGAAACGGGUGGAGGCCCAUUGAACUGCAAGACACUCCUUGAAGACAAGGAGUACCUCUGGUUAGUGAAGACUAGAGUUGGUCUGAUGCCUGGUGUAAUAUAGACUUGGAUAGCAGGGCACAAGGCAGUGGAGCCAGAUACUAGAAUUUCAGUCUUUCGCCAUGGUUCUUCUAUAUGUGAUGUUGCUGCACUAAGGGCAUGGCUGGAUGGCGUGCCUAUGGUCCAAUUCAAUGUCUAAUGAGCCACACAAUUAAAUGGGACAUUGUGUUAAUUAACCUGUAUUGGUUGAAAAUGGCAACAUCAUAUCAAGUGUUACCUACAUAACUAUAUUUUUGUUUAGAUCAAUGUAUUUGUUUUAAAUUAAGAAUUGUAUUCCUUGCUGAUGUUCAAGGUUAUUUUGGCUCAUGUUUGUAAGUAACCAAUAAKAAUCAAUGAUAGCAAUUCUGGUCUGAUAUAACUGAUUUAUCUAUGUAGAACCUCAACACUCUUGCCCCUCCCAUUGCAGUGUAUUUCCAUUUUAGAACAUGUAAUACAUGAUUGAUUUGUUCAGCUCGAUUAUCAACAUUUGAGUAAAGUAAUUCCACGCAAUAAGAAAUGUUCUACAAUACGAUUGA